UGAGCUGAAAGCGGACACCGUUACCAUGACACUGGCCAGGAAAAGCAAAGGCUUAUGGGAGUUUUAGAGGAACACACAUGCAGUUCAGCUCUGGUGUCUCUUAUUUAGAAACAAUCGAGCCCAGACAAGAAAUAAUACCUUUGAUUUUUGAUUUUUCUUUUGAGCAGCAGGUUUAAAUGUAAAAGUGUCAAGUAUGUGUAGGGUUUUGACCUGAUCCAUGUCUCAGUCACUACAGGCUGAACCACGGACCUCAGCACUGAUUCACAGAAACCCCCUCCUCCUGCAGGAGGAGGUGGUGAUGAUCGGACAGAUGGAGGCCUAAGAAACCAUCAGGUGGUCAAGGAGCUGUGGUUCAUUGUGGUGAUGACAGCCAUCGCCCUGCUGCUGCUGGCUGUGAUGUUAGCAGUCAUGCUUCACAGGGCUCUUAACAAGCCCCCCUUGACCAGGGAGAGACCUCCUCUGGUGGCCCUCCCCAUGCAGAAGCGGAGCCCCAUGGCUGUCUAUCCACCCAGCAACUCUGUCUUGGUGAGCUUUAUUUCUUGGUCUUUAUGUUCUGAUUGGCAAGAAAAAAGUAGAAACUCGUGCAAUCAGGAAUAUUUUUCUCCACGAGUCUGAAAAAGUAUCGUGUUACUUUUAAACCAUAGCUUUGUUCUACGUGAGUCCAAAAAUGACAAAAGUACAGGUCUCUGACAUUUCUUGGCAUAUUUUUGGGAUAUUGUCGCUAAUCUUCUUGGCCUGGUUUCCUAUAGCUGAUUUUUAUCUAACUGAACCUUUUUGACCAAGCAUGAGAUUCCACCUUAAAAACAUCCCUCUUCAUUUAAG